ACAGAUGUUUGUGUGCCAGAUGUUUGUGUGCCAGUGUGAUUGAGUUGACGGUGGUGUCCCCUCAGCUCUCCCCUGUUGUGCAGCUGAACGUGGGCGGUCAGCUGUUCAGCACGUCUCUGAACACGCUGAGGAAACACCCCGGCUCCAGACUGGCCGAGAUGUUCAGCGGACAACCCAAACUACGCACGGACGCGCAGGGACGCUUCUUCAUCGACCGGGACGGCUCUCACUUUGGAGCUGUGCUGGAGUUCCUGCGGUCAGAGCGGCUGCCCACCGAGMACAUCCAGGAGGUUCACAGGGAGGCAGUGCACUACAGCAUCAAACCACUCAUCAAGCUGCUGGAGGAAACUCCCCAGAUGUUUGGAGAGCAGGUGGGACGACAGCAGUUCCUCUCCAGAGUCCCACACUACAGAGAAAACAUCGAGGUGCUGAUACGAAUCGCCAGAGCCGAGGCCAUCGCCGCUCGCUGCUCCACCAUCAUGAUCUGCGUGCUGAGGACGGAGGAGGACCUGGGCUGCUAUGAAGAGGCCAUCAACAGCCUGGAGGCGGAUAAGGAGUCGGUGGUGACGUUCGGGCCCUGGAAGGCGACUCUCUCCGUUAAAGACUUGCUGGACUGUGUAAAGAUGGACAUCAGCAGUCAGGGCUACAAGGUGAGCAUCCAGCCUCACGUCAUGGAGAAGAGCUUCCUGUCCAAGAGCUACGACUACUUCUACAAACUCGUCUUCACCUGGUGGUGACGAGUGAAGUGCAGCUGAGGACCCCGAUCAUUACGAUGCAAUAGAUUCAAUCAUACGCCAUUAAAGUCAAGAAAAAUAAUAUUGUGAAGUUGAUUUGUACAUUAUCCAAUAGGUGAAAAUUCAACAGCCAGUUUUGCAAAUAAAUGAAUGAAUACACAAAUUGACAACAGAAUAGGAAAGUAUAUAAAUAG